GCCACUUGAUCGAAAUAGGCCUGCCCUUGUGGGGGAAUUCAUUGUCCGAGCGCCUCGAGAUACUGCCGAUUAUAUGUACAGGGAUCAUAAACACUCAGUCGCUCAAGCAACAACUUGACAUAUCUCCCCGCUAAACCCUACCACCGGGUCUUCGACAAACAUUGGCAAACCCCGAGAUUGCUUUCUACAAUGGCAACAGUUGUUGAAGGGAAACCUGGAGGCUCUGUCGAAGAGUGCGCAAUGGGACAUGACGGCGGCGAACAGAUGCGUGGCAGCACCCUGGGAGGGACUUCACACGAUGCUCGCGAUAUGUAUCGGAUGGGAAAGAAGCAGGAACUACGUAGAAAUUUCCGUCUCAUCUCGAUCAUCGGCUUUGUUGUUGUCCUCCAAUCGACAUGGGAGAGCGCGCUGCUGUCUGCUUACUUCGGCCUGUUCAAUGGGGGCACAGCAGGCGUGAUCUGGAUGACUGUCAUCACAUGGUUCUUCGUCAUGGCCAUGAUAGCCUCACUCGCUGAGAUGGCUUCAAUGGCUCCAACCGCAGGUGGACAAUACCAUUGGGUCAGCGAGUUUGCACCGACUGCAUUCCAAAAGAGCCUCUCGUAUAUUGUUGGCUGGAGCGCAGGCGUGGGCUGGGUGAGCGGAAUCCCCGCCUGUGCUCAGAUGCUAUCGUCCCUUGUCAUUGGGAUGGUUCUGCUCGUUCAUCCCGACGCUCCAAUCGGCGAGCUGUGGCACGUUACUCUGAUCAUGAUGCUGUGGCUGUUUCUCAUGGUGGGCUUCAACAUCUUCUUGGCACAACACUUGCCACUGGCUGAAGGCAUCGUACUGGUCCUGCACGUUUUUGCUUUUUUCGCCUUUCUGAUCCUCUUCUGGACUAUGGCCGAACGAUCACCUGCCGAGGAGGUAUUCGCAGCAUUUUACGACGGCGGCGGCUGGGGCUCCCUGGGAACAUCCGCACUCGUUGGUCUCUCAACCCCGCUGUGGUGUUUCAUCGGGCCGGACGCCGGAGCACACAUGUCCGAGGAACUCAAAGACGCCUCCGUGGUUCUCCCCAAGGCCAUGAUGUGGGCUGUGUUUUUCAAUGGCGUCUUCGGAAUUAUCAUGAUGAUCACGUUCGUGUUCUGUGGCGGAGCACUCGAUUCAGUUCUGGAGUCCCCUACCGGCGUUCCAGUGCUCCAAGCUGUGUACAAUGCCACAGGCUCUGUAGCGGGUACUGUCAUCAUGGGCGCUAUCUUGGUCGUCCUGGUGUUCUUCGCGGCGGUGUCCGUGACGGCAGCAUCUUCGCGACAGAUUUGGGCUUUUUCCCGUGACAAAGGUCUCCCGUUCUCUUCGUGGAUUGAGCACGUUCGGCCUGGGUGGGAUAUUCCUGUGAAUGCGCUGCUGGUCUGUCUAGGAUCGUCGCUGGUUCUAGCCUGCACCAAUUUCGGCUCGGAGGUCACUCUCAACGCGAUCGUUUCCAUCUCGAACGCUGCGCUGAUCUUUUCCUACAUCAUCUCCAUUGGGUGCGUGCGGCUCAAGCGCUUGCGGGGCGAGCCUCUGCUACCUCGCCGCUGGAGCCUAGGCAGGUGGGGAGGCCUUGUCAACGAUCUGGCACUCGUCUUCCUGCUGAUUGCCUUUGUCUUUUCAUUCUUCCCAAUGACACCCAAUCCGACCGCUGUCGACAUGAACUGGGCAGCCCUGAUGUUCGGUGCAAUGGCGAUUCUUGCGACAGUCAAUUACUUCGCGAGCGCACGGCACAUUUAUAUCGCCCCUGUGUCGUUGAUCAAGCAGGAGUAGAGCAAACUAUGGCCACAAUUGAGC